AGUACGUGCCGCCGGAAGUGAUGAUGCCCCACCUAAGCCGUAGGUUUCAAUACGCGUGCGCAGUAGGCUUUCCCGGCAGCUGUGUUGUGCAAAUGGUGGAGAAGAAAACCUCGGUCCGCUCCCAGGACCCUGGGCAGCGGCGGGUGCUGGACCGGGCAGCCCGGCAGCGUCGCAUCAACAGACAGCUCGAGGCCUUGGAGAAUGACAACUUCCAGGACGACCCCCACGCAGGACUGCCCCAGCUGGGCAAGAGGCUGCCUCAGUUUGAUGACGAUGCAGACACUGGAAAGAAAAAGAAGAAGACUCGAGGUGAUCAUUUUAAACUUCGCUUCCGAAAAAACUUUCAGGCCUUGCUGGAGGAGCAGAACUUGAGUGUGGCUGAGGGUCCCAACUACCUGACAGCCUGUGCGGGCCCCCCGUCGCGGCCCCAGCGCCCCUUCUGUGCUGUCUGCGGCUUCCCCUCCCCGUAUACCUGCGUCAGCUGUGGUGCCCGGUACUGCACCGUGCGCUGCCUGGGCACCCACCAGGAGACCCGAUGUCUGAAGUGGACCGUGUGAGCCUGGGCGUCAGAGGCAGGGCCUCCAUGUGUCACCUGGGUUCUGAAAGGCAUCACCAGGUGGGGGCUCCCCCUGGACUGAGGGAGGAGCCACUCACCCAACAAAACCGUGUCUUGCCUACCGGGGAAGACCAGUCUCACAUGUGCGGGCUGUGGCGGGAGGUGGGCUGGGCCCACUGAGUGCUGUUGUAAUAAAAGGGCUCGUGCCAGGA